AUGCUUGCCCGAGCAGCCAGACCUAAGCUUGCCGUUCUCACCGCCACACCGACUACCCUCACUAAGUCUCCCCUUCCACGGACACCCCUCUCACCUUCCCCAAUGAGCCCCACAGUCCGUAAUACCCGCCUCAACCAGCGAGGUUUCUCCACCUUGCAGCCACCUACAUUCGCUUACGCCGAGCCCUCAAAUACCAAAAGCAUUCUCAAGAAGGGACAACCUUCACGCUCGACAGGAAAGAAGCUUCAGUUCAGAGAGGAGCCUGCGGUCCGAUGCAUCAGUCCUGUUCCAGAGGAUUACCACGGCACAUACGUGAAGAUGAGCAAGGACGAGCGAAGAUGGGGAAGCGGCAGGAUCUUGUGA